CUCAAACAUCGCACGCAUACAAUUUUGUCCAAAGUAAACAUUAGUUUAAAGGAUCUUGUCACGGAAUGCGUGUUUUGAUCAGUGACUUAAUUCUCGCCUUCAUUUCCAAUUUCGUUCGACCUGGUCAAAGGCGAAGGAUUUACUUAGAAAUGAAGUUUCUAGCAUUUGCAGUUCUCAUGUUUGUCUCUUCCGUUCUUUCUGUUUGCUGCGAGAAAGCACGUUUCAGAGAGGUGUAUAAAGGCCAUAAAAGCAAAGCUCUGAAGGAAUAUGGCGAAAUGAAGAAAUCUUCAGUUAUACAAUGUGCUACCUAUUGUAUUCAGGAAAAUAAGUGCUAUGGCUUCACUAUGAACGCUUCUAAGACCUGCAGACUGUUGAUGCAAAUGCCAGAUGCCAACGAGUGCCCAGGAGACAACUGCCUUGAAAUCGAAGGAUUCGCAGUUUACAUUUUGAUACCCAAAUAUUAGAAACACUCAAGAAUUCUUAAAACAUUAAUCUGCAGAAAGAUCUCAUGCAAAAGUGAAGAGCAUGUACACCAUUUAGUAUAAUGGUAAAGGACAGCUUGUUGCCCAGUUUAUUUUAGAAGUCCAAUAAUGAGUUAUCAACAGAUGCCGAACUUAUUCACAAUUUUUAAAUGAAUUGUUUGCACUAUUUUUUUUAUUUGCAUUUGCGUUUUAUGUGUGAAUUUGCCCCGAAAAAAAUUCAAGAAACCAAUGCUUUUGAAUUUUAUGCUUGAACUCUCAAAAUCUUUAUGCUUUUAUACAGAGGCUGUUCACACAUUUUUUAGACGAAGUAUAUUGUAUUCACAAAACUAAAUUACAUAAAAUUCUUGUGUUUUAAAUGUUCCUAUUUGACAU